UCCUCCUCCUCCUCCUCCUCCUCCUCCUCCUCCUCCUCCUCCUCCUCUUCCUCCUUCCCCCUCCUCCUCCUCCUCUUCCUCCUUCCUCCUCCUCCUCUUCCUCCCUCCUCGAGUCCAAACAUGAACUCUUCCUCUGAUGUCAACCAAAGCAGCAGCUCUCCGCCCUUCUGCCUGCUGGGCGCCGCAGGCUACUCCCACCGCCUGGACACCUGCGUGGUGGAGGUGGUCGUCAUCCUCUUCCUCACCGUGCUCAUCAUCGCCGGCAACCUGGUGGUGAUCUUCGUGUUCCACUGCGCGCCGCUGCUGCACCACCACACCACCAGCCACUUCAUCCAGACCAUGGCGUACGCCGACCUGCUGGUGGGCGUCAGCUGCCUGGUGCCCUCGCUGUCCCUCCUCCACUACCUCCGGGGCCUGAACGAGGAGUUCACCUGCAAGGCGUUCGGCUACAUGGUCUCGGUGCUGAAGAGCGUCUCCAUGGCGUCGCUGGCGUGCAUCAGCGUGGACCGCUACAUCGCCAUCACCCGCCCGCUGUCGUACGCCACGCUGGUGACGCCCUGCCGGCUCCGGGCGUGCAUCGUCCUCGUCUGGGUCUACUCCGCUCUGAUCUUCCUGCCGUCCUUCUUCGGCUGGGGGAAGCCCGGCUACCACGGGGACAUAUUCCGUUGGUGCGCCGACUCGUGGAAGACGCGGCCGGCGUUCAGCUCCUUCAUCGUGGCGCUGCUCUACGCGCCGGCGGCGCUCAUCGUCUGCUUCACCUACGGGAGUAUCUUCCGGAUCUGCCGGCAGCACACCAAGGAGAUCACGCAGCGCCACGCUCGCUUCAGCUCGCCGACGGAGGGCGAGCGCGGGGAGCGCGCGGAGGGCUGCCCGGACAAGCGCUACGCCAUGGUGCUGUUCCGCAUCACCAGCGUCUUCUACGUGCUGUGGAUGCCGUACAUCCUCUACUUCCUCCUGGAGAGUGCCGGACUCUACCAACACAAGGUGGCGUCCUUCCUCACGACGUGGCUGGCGAUCAGCAACAGCUUCUGCAACUGCCUCAUCUACAGCCUGUCGAACAGCGUGUUCCGCAAAGGCCUCGGCCGCCUCUUCAGCCCGCUGUUUCCCUCCUGCCUCGGCUGCACCGACGCCAAGAAGGCUCCGGUGCCCGUCAGCCCUCGGUCGGACGCUCGAUGCCAAGUAUGAGCCCUGACGACCAAGGAUUCGGGUUUUGGUCCCUUUGGAGGCGCGGCGCUCUGUGUGUGCACUCAGCUGCGUGGCGCCACACCGGUGUUUGUGGACCCCACGGUGAGACGUGUUGGGGUCCUGCUGCUGCUCGGCGCAUGGCGAGGUGCCCGUGCGGACGCCUGUCGGCCGCUUCAGAGGCCGGUUUUGCGGGAAAAGAGUAAACUGGGAAGUCGACGGACUGAGGACGAGAAGUUUGAUGCCGAUGAACAAAGUGGACUGUAGGAAAGAUUCACGUUAUGUUAUUCGAUGAACAAUCCUGUUGGGCACCGACUCAUGAACUCCCAGACGCGACUUGUUUUGUGCAAUUUACUGAAAUGCAAAAAAACCCAAAACCCCGAAAACAACAAAUGCAAAUUGUCGUGGUUUGAAUUUAAAACGUUCAACACUGGAACCUGCUGAUCUGUUGUCAGUCAUUGAUUCGGUGCGUGUGAGAUAUGACAGAUGUUGAGCUGAGAGAAGAUUUUGAGGUUUGUUCUGGAGAAGGAUUCCAUCUCGUUUGUGGCGGGAAGCUCCAAGUAUGUUCACAAAGUCUCGGGUUUCAGGCGGAAACGUUGAUUCAAGAAUUAGCUCUGCUUUCUAAAGAUGGCCGCUGACACCGCGGGGGAAGUUCUCCAGCCGGCUGUCGGGCGGAGCGUCAUCGAGACAAGAAGGUUUUAUUUAUUUGGAAGAGUUUCAUGCUCUUUGCGUUUCGUCCUCAGGGUUAUCAGCAGAAAUGUGUCGGUCUUUGAGACUCACAUGAUCACGUCCACGCGGGUCUCGAUGCAAACACUUAACUCCCUCGUCGUCUUUGACCUUUCAGAGCUCGUCGUCGCUGACGGCUGCUCAGCUCGAGUAGAAAGUGAAAGGGAGGAGUCGUCACUUUCGCCCUUUUACGACCACCGACCUCAAAGCGUGUGAGAGGCACUUUUCUGAGAACCACUGAGCAGCUUGUGGCUUGUUUGGCUUCAUGUACAUACACUUCAGAGUUUAAAUAUUUAAACAGCGGCGAAGCGGGACCUCUGGGGGGUUUUGCCCACUGGCGUAAAGUAGAACCGCCAGGAUUAUUAAUGUGUUGUGCUUCUUCUUUUUAAUUUAUUUGUCACGGCUAAGAGGUCUGAGAUGGAAACUGCUUAUUUGACAGUGUUCAGAAGAAGGAAAAGUGUUUCUUUAUUUACCACAGGAAGAUUUAAGACUUUAAAAUUUUAGAUUUAGGACGUGGAGUUUGUUUUUUAAGUCCCAGUGAAAUGACUUUUCUGAGAGCGUCUUGCUCCUGAAUCUUACAUAGAGACACUGUAGAAACUGGCUCCUUCAUAAAGUUCAUGAUACAACCGUUUAAGAAUAUGGACUAGAGCUCGGCCGAUAUGGAUUUGUUUUUACAAUGGUUCCUAAGAUGUAGUUAUCAAACCCUUAUGACGAAGACAUUUAAUUGGGGCUUAACAUUUUGACUGUUUAACCAUGAACUUUUUUUAUGAAUGAAAAGAAAACACAAAAACAACCAAAUGUAUAGAACUUGAGAAAAUAAAAUAAAAACAUGAA